CAGAUCCCGACCCAAUCCUUAAAAAUUAUGGCACACGCACAUGACACACACACACACACAAUAUUGAUGCAUCUCUACAAAUAAAAAUCCAAGAAAGAGAGCGUGGUCAUUUCGUCAUCCUUCCUAUUCCCAAGACCACCAAACAGAGAGACUGAGGCCCCCCCAUCUAAAAUAAUUAACUGUUUCAUUACCAUAUGCAUCUUUUUAAGUGAGUAUCUCCAUCACCACUGCGCUCCCCCUCCCUCUCUUCCUCACUUUCAGCGCUUGUCUCAUUCAUCCAUGGGCAGAGAGUGGCUUUACUGGAUUGGCGGCGCCUCCUCCUCCAGAAGGCGGAGGGCCAAGCAGGAGGAGAGCACCUCUGCCGGCUGCAUGUGUGCCGUUUUUCAGCUCUUCGAUAUGCACCACCACCUCCCUCUCAAUCACCAACAUCCUUUUCUUCAACAAGAAGCCACCACAUUUCAACUUAAAGGAGUGGAGGCGCCAAGAAACAGCAUGGAGCUGGAGGAGGCGCCCCCCAUUAAACAACAAGAGAAUUUAAAUUUCCCAGGUGGGAUACAGAUCAAAACGAUUUCAAGAAAAGAGGAUUCCGAGAGCAUUGAUUCACCCUCAACCAAGACCCCAAAUCUUGUAGCCAGGCUAAUGGGGCUGGAUUUGCUUCCAGAAAGCAACACCACCUCCCCUUCAUUCUCCUGUCCCAAUUCCAAACCCCCACCAAAAUCCCAUCUCAACCAAACCAGAUGCUUCUACGACGACGACAUCAAAGUCGGCGCUCGCUCUCUGCCGGAGACGCCCAGAAUGGAGUACCACCGCCUCUCCCUGCAGAUAAACAAGGAGAACAGCAACAACACAAACGAUGAAUUCAAAAGCCCAAGGUCCAGAUUCCGACAGCAGCAGCAGCAGCAAGAUGAGAACAGAAGCCCGGGACAUUACGCGAAACAGAUUUUGAAGCAAGUUAAAGAGAGCGUGAGCAGAAGAGUGGGGCUCGUCGACAUCACCAACACAAACAGAGACGAAAUCCGAAGAGAUCAAAAUCUCAUCAUCAAACUCUCCAAGAAGAACUCCAACGAUACCAAGCAAUCAUCGCCCAAGUUGAGGAUUUCAGACACCAACAAAAGUCCAAGAAAUUCAACCUCUUCCGACACUAAUCCGCCACCACCGUCCAAGCCUAAGCCUAACAAGGGAAACAGGGUGAAAAUAGGCCCAAAAACAAGCCAUCAAGCCAUCAGAAACAAGAAAGAAGAGCCAUUUGUCCGAUCGCCGGCAGCGAAGAAGAAAAACAAGUCCAAGAAAGCUCCAUUGUCGAGUGAGCUCAUUCAUUUAAGUGGUCCCACAAUUGUGCCGGUCAAGAAAGGUCCUUCCCCUCCUGCAACUAAACUACCUCAAAAACAGGUUUUUUUUGGGUUGCAGGUAUCAGAUGCUCUUUCAUCGAAAAGGAACACACAGUUAUCUAGUGAUACGAGCCGGUCGUACAAGCAGCCGGAUAAAAUACUCGCCACCGCGCCACACAGCGGUAACGCGGAGGAGUACAGAUGCUACAUCCAGAAAAUCCUCAAACGCUCCGGCAUAAUCGACAAAUUAACACCGCUAACCCUAGGCAAAUGGCACACCCCUUCCCACCCAUUGGAUCCCUCAAUUUUUUACUACCUCGAGCUCUUCCACCCCGCCGCUGCCCCCUCCGCCGCCGUCCUCAGCCGCCGCUGCAAUCGGAAGCUGAUAUUCCAGCUGGUGGACGAGAUCCUGGCUGAUAUUUUGAGGCCGCACUUGGAUUACAAGCCCUGGAUUCAUAAAUCUCCGGCGGAUCAAUUCUCUUUGGUCGAUGAUCUGUGUGAGAGGAUUGGGAAUUUUCCGGCGAAGGACUGUCAGGUGCUUGAAGAUAUCGAUUUGUUGGUGGAGAAGGAUCUGAGGAAGACGGAGGUGAAUGAGUAUUUUGAGGAGGAAGGGGAGCGGUUGGUGCGUGAGGUGGAAGCUGAGAUUGUGGAGCGGUUACUCAUUGAAACGGUGGCGGACGGAGUCCGUACGGAGAGGAAGAGGAGGUGGGUGGCACGUGACCAGAUUCCACGUCAGGGAAUCAUCCACGUGGCAUAAUGGAUUGUUGUACAAAAUUACCAAUAACUACUUUUUUUUUAAUUUUUUGUUAAAUCUACAUAUGUUUUUUUUAAUCUUCCCUUUUUUUUAAUUCUCAAGCUCACUAAUUAUGAUUAAUGUACUUAAUUAAAUUCCUAGCUAUGAA